AUGUCCUCUCACUUGAUCAAACUAAAUUCUGGACAUCAGAUUCCAUUGAUUGGCUUUGGAACGGACAAAAUCUAUAGUCAAGAUGGAAUGAAUAAGGCUGUAGAAACCUCGUUAAAGGCUGGUUAUAGAGGAUUCGAUACGGCAAAGGUCUACAACAACGAGGUUUAUUUGAGCAAUGCUCUGAAAGUAUGUCGCUUUAUACUCGUUUUGAACUUUUACAUUAUUCUUGAGUAUCCUAACAAUAAGAGAUUUUAGGAAGUUCUACCAAAGGUUGAUCUGAAGCGCGAAAACAUCUUCGUUACCACCAAAGUGUUACCUUUUGAUGACCCAAAGAAGACUAGGACACUUGUCGAGGAAUCCUUGGAUCUCUUUGACUAUCUCGAUCUUGUUCUUAUCCAUUAUCCAAAGACAAAUGAAUGCUCCGAAAUUGACACUAGAAAUGCAAUCGGACGAAAAGAAAGUUGGAAAGUGUUGGAGAACUUGGUGAAUGAAGGUAAAAUACGAUCAAUUGGAGUGUCGAAUUAUGAAAUCAAGCAUCUGAAAGAGAUGGCCGGUUACGCAGAGAUACCAGCUGCUGUAAAUCAAGUUGAAUUCCAUCCUCAUUUUAAACGAAAGGAGCUUCAUGACUACUGUAGAGACCACGGGAUAUUCUUCCAGGUAAUUUGUUUGGAUUACUGUAGUUUGGAUGUAAUGUAAUCAGAUGAUUAAGUAUUUUUGUUUAACUUAAGGCCUUCUCAUCCCUCGGUCGUUUCAACAAAGCGCUGAUUGAAGAUAAAGUUGUGUUAUCAGUUGCGAACAAACAUGGUGCAUCCAUUACGAAUGUUCUCCUUGCAUUUGCGUUGAAUCAGAAUGUGGGGAUCGUCCCAAAAUCAGAGAAUCCAGAAAGAAUCCUCCAGAAUUUCAAAGCCCUUGAAUUGAAACUCGAUGAUGAAGAUUUGACUCGACUCAACUCAAUUCCGACGGAACAGAAUUAUAUCAAACGAUGUGUGGGAUGGCUUGUGGAUUAG